CGAGCCCCGCCCCUCGGCGCCCCCUGAGCCUUGCGGCGCUCCGUAGCGGGAGCGCGGUGGGGAGGAGGAAGAAGAAGAAGAAGAAGAGUAGGAGGCGGCGAGAGCCCACGGGCAGGCUCGCCGCGCUGGUGGGAUGGCGGCGCAGAAGAUUAACGAGGCGCUCGAGCACAUCGCUAAAGCGGAGAAAUAUCUGAAAACUGGAUUCUUAAAGUGGAAACCAGAUUAUGACAGUGCAGCUACGGAAUAUGGGAAGGCAGCUGUUGCUUUUAAGAAUGCCAAGCAGUUUGACCAGGCACGGGAAGCCUGUUUACGGGAAGCUGAGGCCCAUGAAAACAAUAAAGCUCUCUUCCAUGCUGCCAAAGCUUAUGAACAAGCUGGCAUGAUGCUAAAGGAGAUGCAGAGACUCCCUGAGGCAGUUCAGCUGAUCGAGAAAGCCAGUAUGAUGUACCUGGAGAAUGGGACACCAGAUACAGCAGCUAUUGCACUGGAACGGGCUGGAAAAUUAAUAGAAAAUGUGAGCCCAGAGAAAGCUGUGCAGCUCUAUCAGCAAGCAGCGUCAGUGUUUGAGAAUGAAGAACGUUUACGGCAAGCAUUAGAAAUGCUAGGGAAGGCAUCAAGACUUCUAGUCAGAGGACGCAGAUUAGAUGAGGCUGCAUUGUCUCUUCAAAAGGAAAAAAGUAUUUAUAAGGAAAUUGAAAAUUACCCAACAUGCUAUAAGAAAACUAUUGCUCAAGUCUUAGUUCAUCUUCAUAGAAAUGAUUAUGUUGCUGCAGAAAGAUGUGUGAGGGAAAGCUAUAGUAUACCAGGAUUUAAUGGAAGUGAAGAUUGCGCAGCACUAGAGCAGCUUUUAGAAGGGUAUGACCAGCAAGAUCAGGAUCAAGUUUCUGAAGUUUGUAAUUUGCCACUCUUCAAAUACAUGGACAAUGAUUAUGCCAAGCUUGGUCUCACCCUGGUGGUCCCAGGAGGUGGAAUCAAGAAGAAAUCCCCAAACGCUGCACAAGACAAAGCAAGAGGACCGGCUGCAGUGGGGUCUCAUGCUGAUGAGGAAGAGGAUGAAUAUUCUGGUGGAUUAUGCUAGCUGCAGAUAUAGGUUGUCUUAAAUAUCUGACUUAUUUGUGAUGUUAAGCGUAUCCAAAGGUACCAGAUUUACCAGAGCUUCAUUGCAAUUGUGAUAUGGGAAUGCUAAUAUUAACUGGUAGGAGCGUCCUCAGGGCCCUGCCUUCAGUUGAUGGGGAAAAAUUUGAGAGAAAUUUUUAUUAAAAGCACAGUUUAAAAGAAAUCAAAACCCCAGAAGCACUGGAGUAGGGAGAGUGGUACAAAAUUUUCAAUAGCUGAUGCUUUUUGGUCCUAAUAAUAUGUUUGUAAUUGUUUUCUGAGUUCAAUAUACGAUUAUUCAUCUGGCUAUUUAUUUCCUGUUUAACACCAUUUAAGGCACUGUGCCAGGCAGGAUUUUUCACUAGUAUAGACAGUAGGGGGAGCAUUCCAUUUAUUAUCAACAUGUUUUUACUCCACUGCAGAGUAUUAUUUUAAUACCUUACUCUUUGCGAGCAGUAUCCAUGUGGGUGUGGAAAAUACUAAGUCAACUAGUUUGAAGCUAUCUUGCAGGCUUAAAAAUACGCACACAUCUUUCAUCUUAAGAACUUUAUUGGCCUGAAGUUUUUUGAGAUAAAUGUGUGCAUAAUGUUUGUAAUGUAUACCUUAGGAAUGGAAGGGGUGGACAACCUCAAUGGUGUUUCUGAAGCAUGCCAUAACCAAAACAGUGACUGAAGGUAGCAGAUAAUGUGCAUUGAAUGUAAAGCUCUGAAGACAACAUUUAACCAAAACUUAGGCAGACUGCUUCAAUUAUAUGUGUGAGUUCAUGAGUGUUCUAGAUGUUUAUUUACUAUUCGAUACGCUAGUCCACGAAGACAUUUCAUUCUUUGCUAUUUUCAAAGCAUAAAACAGCUUUCUCUUUCAAAUGACACUUUCAAACGAGCUCAGAAUCCAAAGUAACCAAAUUUUAAUGCAUCUUCACUAUUUUUAUUUGAAGUCAUCAUGUGUUUUGCAAGCUUCUGUAGUGACUUAAAUUUGUUUGACCAUUUUAUGCUUAAAAGUUGACAACACUGGAAGUUGUACAUGUGGACUAUUUCUUCCGAAGAACCUAAUCAUGAUCUGCACUAGGGUGAGAUCACUUGGAAUCCAGCAGGGAUUUGUGUGCGAUAGGGGAUACCCGAAGUUCGCUAAGACCAAAAAGCACAGUGUUAAGUGUUGAUAGUUUCUGCCAUAUUAAGGAAUUGGAUGGCUUCAAAAAUAUCAAGCAUAUGUCUGACAUAUAUGUGAUGUCUGACAUCAGUGUCAGACAUAACUGUGAUGAAGAUAAACUUUCAGAUAGCUAAUACUCACUUUCCUUGGGGUGAAUAGUGCUCAGUAGAGUUGUGACGGGUGCACAAGCUGCAGCAUGAUUUGUAGGCAAGGCUGCUGUGAAAGUCACGUUAUUCAAUUUAAUGGGUGUUCAAAAAGCAGUUUUGUCUCUUUGUAGUAUGUAUUAAUCAGCUUGGAUUUUAAAGCUGUUUGAGACUACACCUGUAGUUCUUUACUGUCUGACAGGUAAUUUCCCUUUUUUUAUUAAUGAUGUAUAUAGAAGGUUUUGCUCUUCUAUAAAAUAGUCUGACUGAAAUUUGGGGAAUUGAGUUGCUUUUCUCUGAUUACAAGUAUACAUGAAAGAUGGUUUUGAAGACUUUCCUGUAACUUGUCUUUUUUUUUCACCAUUGGAGCAAUUCACUCAAGUUUAUGCAACUUCUGCCUUCUGGAUCUGUUCAUGAAGGUGACUAUGCACUUUUUAUGGGGAGUCUAUCACAAGUAGGAAAAAAACGUACAUGUAGGAGCACUGGGAACACUAAGUAAUCUUCAUCAAGCUUUUCCUGCUGCUUCCAAUUCUGACAUUGGUUUUGUUGAAUGGUCCCAAGGAGUCUACAUUUUUCUGUAUAUGAACAGUUGUAUAUAUCUGAGAAGAUGACACGCAUAAGAACAAAAAUAGGGAGCCUUGUGUGCUUCUGUGAAAGAACUUGCAGACUUUAAUUAAACUGUGCUUGUAACACUAACAGGCCCUUAAAAGAAAAGUUAAAGUUUAUGCAUUAGAUUCUUAAAGUACGUUUUUCAUAUUGCCAAAAAUUAAAAUAGAUGUGCAAGACUGUGUUCCCACUCCCCCAGAUUUUUUCUCUUUUUCCCUGUGCCAAGUGUGGAAAAUCUGGGACAAAAGUAACUUGUACUAAACAUGUUAAGCUACCAUUGAUUUGAAAGAGGCUUCUCUGAAUUUUAGGAGUAGAAUCUUAAUCUUUGAUUGCAAUGUUGCUGCAAAGACCAAAUCUGCAGAAAUGAAAGUGUCUGAAAAUAAGAUGGUCUAUUUUAUAUAACUUUAUUCUCCUAUUUUAGGCAAUGGAAGUGUGAUAGGAAUGUUAACUGCCUUUUAGUAAAUGUUUAACUAUAGAAGCUGUCUGUGUGUGUUACUGUCUGUUUCUAUCUUUCAAAGCACUUUGCACACUUAUGUAAAUAUCAUUCAAGUGAUUUAAAAUGGAAAAGAUACCAUUUGCAAGAAAGUUUCCAAAAUCAGUGUUGACUGUAAGAAAAAUAAAAUUAGAUUGUGCAUGAAGGCUGAGCAAUGGCCAAUGCAAUGUAUAUGUAAAACCAGAAGAUUUCUAAAUUAUCUGUAACUUAGACUCAGUAUGCCCAAGUACAGUGUGAAACCUUUGCUACAUUUGUUCUUCUUCCAAAUCUGUGGUGUAUUAGAGUACAAAAUGUGUUUGUAACAGCUUUACAGAUGCUGCUUCUUGAGAAGAGGCUAUGUAUUUCACUGACAAGAAAAAUAAAACUUGAAACUAAU